AUGGGUUAUAUCCACUUCGAUAGAGUUUAUGUUCCACAACGAAACUCAGUUCCAUUAGGUUUAAUCAAUAAGCAAUUUGCCAAACAAAAAGAACAAGAACAACUAAAGUCUGGAGGUGUGAAACAAACAAAAGAAUCGACAAAUACACUAGAAACAUCUACCAAUUCUGUUAACUCUGAUGAUUCUGAAAAAUUAGAUUAUUUAUUUGAUGAUUUUUUAAAAGGGGUUGAGACUGUGUUGAACGAAAAAGAAGGUGAGACAAGUGCCGCUUCUUCAUUGUACAAUGGUAACAAAACUACUGGAAACACUGUCGAUGAUAAUGUUUUUAAAAAUGAGUUUUUCCAGUUAGAGGAGUUUCAACUGAAUAAUCAGGUUUUGCUAGAUAUUCUGGGGAAAAAUGUGUCAACUAGAGUAACUGGUAACAAUAAUAAUACUGAACUUGAAUCUUUACUCUCCAAUCCUAUGUUUUCUUUAGAUGAAGAAAUGACUUGGUGUGAUUCUUUGCAACAACACCACCAACAACAACAACAACAAAAAAAGGCUAAUGUAGAUACCAUUGCCAAUAGUAUCAAAAGUAUGGAAACAUUUGUCUUUAAUAAUCAUAUGGAUAAUACAAUACCUUUCCCAGUAUUUGAAACAAAGGAAUGUGAAAGGAAUGAUACUGUUUGUGAUUCUUUUAAUUUGGCCAACUCAUUUAGUUCCAAUAGUAAUUGUACUUCACCUACAUCUAUAGAAUCUGCAAUAGAUUUAGUAGCAUUGCCAACAUCUGCUAGUUCCAAUUCUAAUGGCAACCCAUUUCAAUGUCCACACUGCGUUUCAAACUUUAAAGAGAAAGCAUAUUUAACGCGCCAUUUAAAAAAGCAUAACCCUAUUAAAGAUUAUCGUUGUCCAUAUUGGACCGAAGAUCACCAGUGUCAUCCAACUGGCGAUUUUAGUAGAAAGGAUACAUUUAGAGCACAUAUGAAAUCUGUCCAUUUCAUAUACCCAAGUUGGUUGAAGAAAACCGAGAAAGAUUCAAGUGUUGGAAGGUGUUCAGGCUGCUUUGAAAAGUUUGAAAAUAAUAAAAAUUGGUUGGUUAAUCAUAUCGAACCUGGUAAAUGCGGUGCAAUGAUUCGUAAAGAGAUUGGAAGUGGCAGAAAGUUAAGAAAAAAGGCUGAAUUAUAUAGAAAAUUGAAAAGUGGUUUUUAUAAGAAGAAGUAUAAAAAGAAUAGGGGCUCUAAUGAUAAAUUACUUGGAAAUUGA